AUGGCACCUUUUUUCCGCUAAAUUGUCCUUGUAGCUAUGGAAACCUGUGAGCGGGCAGCAUCCAGCGGCUCUCCUGUCUGCUGGACCACUUCAUAACCAGCAGCUCCAAGAUGGCGUUAACACCGCACAGUGUGUUUCUUCUCCUCUGCUUCGCUUUCAAUGUGGCAGGUUACACGGCUCUGGCAGUCAUCCUCAGGACCACAGAGAAGACCGUCUGGACCAACGAGUUCGACUCCGCUGAGCUGUCGUGCCUAAUCGAGUCGAUCUCCACCAACAACCCCAGAAUAGAGUGGAAGAAAAUCAAAAACGGGGUGCCCAGCUAUGUGUACUUUCAGAACAAAAUCUCAGGUGACCUGGAGCAUCGGGCGUGGCUACGGGAGCCGGCUAACCUGGUGAUCCUGAACGCGAGCAGAUCUGACACGGCUCAGUACCGCUGUGAGGUGGCAGCCAUCGAUGAUCAGAAAGGCUUUGAUGAAAUCUUAAUCAGCCUUGCAGUCAGAGUCAAGCCAGAGGUGCCACGAUGCACGGUACCGGACUCGGCCACAGUCGGUUCCUCGGCGGAACUCCGGUGCCUGGAGAACGAGGGGUUCCCCCAGUCUCAGUACCAAUGGUUCCGCAACGACGAGGAGCUCCCCGACGACCCAAAGAGCAGUCCCCGCUUUCUGAACUCCACCUACACCGUGAACCCUGACACAGGAACCCUGAAAUUCCGUACACUGAAGAAGAGCGAUGCGGGAGAUUACUACUGCGUGGCCAAGAACGAGGCGGGACAGGCCAAGUGUGGUGCCCAGCUCAUGGAAGUCUAUGACCUGAACAUCAUGGCGAUCUUCCUGAAGGUCCUGGGUGGAGUGGUGGCGGUGAUUUGCGUGAUUGUUGGUCUCUGCCACAUCUGCAAAAAAGUCUCCUGCAAAAAGGAGACGGGAAAUAAUUAUAAAGCCCCCCGACACGACGAUGGGGUGGAUUACAUCACGGCUGAUGAAGGACACUUCCGCCACAAGUCCUCAUUCGUCAUCUGAAGAGCGAGCGUGGCCUUGACCAGACGGAGGACGAGUCAGGAGUGAAGGCAUGCAACUCGAGGAGUCUCUCAGCCUUGGAGGACGUUUUUCGGUUGACCUAUUUAUCUCAGAGGUGCAUAACCAACAAAGACCCUAUUCGCUAUUUGCUGUCCUAAUCAGCCCUGAAGACUUCAUGCAAUAAAGAUCUAUAAAUAUAUAUUUUUAAUUGUGUUUCCAUGAAAUGCUGUUUCAGUUGCCAACACCCUGUAUAUUUACGUAGGUGUUUUGAACAUUUUGUUUUCAUGCAUUCCUGGUCUAUUUUUUUGGUACCAUUACUACUGUAUCUGCACAAAGCAAGUGUUCAUUUCAGUUUCAGCUUUAUGUGCCAUGCCAAGACUGUCUUACCGUGGCCAGUGUUGACCGUGAGUGUUGUGAUGUGUAAUCUAUAGUCUAUAGAUAGCUUCCGACUCUGAAUUUAUGAUCUGCUGCCCAGUGUGUGUGUGAGAGUGUGGCGGCAGAUGAUACUGUUGAUGCAUAAGAAGGGUGAAAGAGGAAGUAGGUGCUUCCUCUGCUGUAGGGAAUUCGCUGGUGUCACAUGUUGGCCUGACAUCUAAUACCACAAACUGGAGGCCAGUGUUCUGCUCAAUGCCAACCAAUGACCUGAGAUGGGAGUUUAACCAGGUCUUUUAGCUGCCAAAGCCUGUGGACACCAUAAGCACUUUGACGUUAGAUGACUUGACUGGACUCCCUCCCUGGUUUCAUUUUCUUGAACAUACUGUAGAUACAUGUACAUGCACUUGUAAUUUUCAGUGCCCUGUGUGUGUGUUAAAGUGACCUUCAAUGCUUUCUAGUUAUUUUAUAAAUUUUGGACAUAUUGUCCAGUUUUGUUUUUGAUCAGUGUUUUUGGUUUUCUAUCUGUCUGUAUAAUAUUGUGGUACUGAGCAAGAGGCCUAUGGCAAUAAUUCAGAUCACUGUUUAUGAAACAAAUGUAAUCACUGAAGUCAAUCAUUGUUUCUAUUAGAAUGAAUAGAAUAAAGUAGAAAUACAUAAACCACUGAAGCUGUUCUAGAAUGGUGUUUGUUUACGUUCAUAGACUAGAUAAUGGAAUAGAAUAGUAUUCUGGAUCUGGACUACUAGACAAUGGAAUUAGAAUACAGUAGUCUGAAUUUACAUUCCUUUUUCUAGUUGUAAAAAGUGCAGUUGAGUGUAGUUUUAGCCUGUGUUGGUCUUGGCAGCAGUGGGAUAACUAGGGUGUGUUUGUAGUGUGAAACUGGACAGUGAUGAGGUCACUCAGGAACUGCUGUAGAGAAGAAUGGUUUGAACUGAUAAAUAUAAAGAUACAUACUUCAUAUUGUAAUGUUCAUUUCAUCCAAAUGACUUUAAUUUGUUCAGUUCUGUUAUUAAAGACAUACUUUUAAGAAAA